CAGUGACGGAUAGCAGAAGGCGCACGAACGAAAAGCAAAAUAAUGGAACCGGAUGAUACGUUACUUUUUUGAUUGGGGUGGUGUUUCUUCAAGUAAUUGUUGAGGGGGCCGUCCAGCAGAAGACUGUUAUCAGCGUCAUUACGGUUCCCGAGCAUCUCUGCGCUUCUUCGCCGAAGAGAGAUCGCCAGAAUGGCGUAUCCUAACUUGACUGUGUCGGCCAAUCACAGCUCGGGCUCAGGCAACUUCUACCGGCCGUUCUCGGUGUUCAGCGUGCUGACGCUGACGCUGCUGGCCAUGCUGGUCAUCGCCACCUUCGUGUGGAACGUGCUGGUGCUGGUGACCAUCCUGAGGGUGAGGACGUUCCACCGCGUGCCGCACAACCUGGUGGCCUCCAUGGCCAUCUCGGACGUGAUGGUGGCGGCGCUGGUGAUGCCCCUCAGCCUGGUGCACGAGCUGAACGGCCGGCGCUGGAAGCUGGGCCGCGUGCUCUGCCAGGUCUGGAUCUCCUUCGACGUGCUCUGCUGCACCGCCAGCAUCUGGAACGUCACCGCCAUCGCCCUGGACCGCUACUGGUCCAUCACCCGGCACCUGGAGUACACGCUCAAGACGCGCAAGAGGAUCUCCAACGUGAUGAUCGUCCUGACCUGGCUCCUGUCCUCCGUCAUCUCCCUGUCGCCACUCUUCGGCUGGGGCGAGACGUACUCGGAGGAGCAGAUGGAGUGCCAGGUCAGCCAGGAGCCCUCCUACACCAUCUUCUCCACGUUCGGCGCCUUCUACCUGCCGCUGUGCGUGGUGCUCUUCGUCUACUGGAAGAUUUACAAGGCCGCCAAGUUCCGCAUCGGAUCCCGGAAGACCAACACCAUUACGCCCAUGGCUGAAGUUAUCGAGGUGAAGGAGGCAGCCCACCAGCCCCAGAUUGUGUUCACGGUACGUCACGCGACCGUCACCUUCCAGACGGAUGGGGACACAUGGCGGGAGCAGAAGGAGAAGAAGGCGGCUCUGAUGGUGGGCAUCCUCAUCGGGGUCUUCGUCCUGUGCUGGAUACCCUUCUUCAUCACCGAGCUCAUCAACCCCCUCUGCUCCUGUGACAUCCCACCCAUAUGGAAGAGCAUCUUCCUGUGGCUGGGCUACUCCAACUCCUUCUUCAACCCGCUCAUUUACACCGCCUUCAAUAAGAACUACAACAACGCCUUCAGGAACUUGUUCUCCCGUCAGCGCUGA